AUGAUGAUAAAGUUUUUGGACGAUCACUGCGCAAGGGAGAACAAGAAGGCCAACAACGUUGUUUCGGCUUAUGAUUUCUUGUAUUUGCCUAUGGAUUUCAAGAAGGAGAAAAGUAAAGGGUAUGCAUUCGUGAACUUCACUAACUAUAGAGCUGUAUGGAGGUUUUUCCACGCAUUUCAUGACAAAACAAGUGUGUUCCUUGAAUCCUCAAAUAGCAUCAUGGUUGUUGCUGCUAAGGUCCAGGGCAAGGAAGCCCAGGUGAAGAGGUUUGAGUCGACCAUCUUCAACUGCGAAUCUGAGGCGUUUCUUCCGGAUUUAGUAGCAGCAGAAGAUGGGUUGAACUCUGCAGAAGAUGCAAUACACAGGAGGAAACAAAUGAAAGUUUUGGUAAUUGGUGCUGUUUGA